GGUGCACUCAUAAAUCACCCAUCGUGAAAUGGGCAAACUGGUUGGAAGAGUCUUCAAAAAAAUUUACUGAAGAUGUAUGCGGCCUCUCACAAUGCCAGUGGUACACAGGAAUAGAUGGGUCCCUAGAACACACCUAGCUGGGGAAGCCUGUCCUACAAGGGGCCCACCCUCCAGAAGAUCAUUCCAGGUUUUUUGGGCCCCCUCUCAUAUGCUCAUUCCUUUAUUCAAAAUGGUGAAAUUAAGGACAGCACUUAGUUUAUAAAACAACAAACUUUUCACAACACACUAAACACAUUAGAUCAAGGAAGUUUAGUCUUUGAACAUAGUUUGCUAAAGCAAAUGAAGAGCUCAUAAUAACCCUUGUUUCCUUGGUUUCUGAAAAUGGCAAAGUGAAGGGGAGUAUGUUUAUAGUUAAAGGUACAACUAAAUGUGGAUUCUGUGGCACAUGAUACAGUGAAAUCCAGUGGAGUAGGAAUGGCCCACUGGGCUGCCACCACCAUUCGCACCCUCUUCACUGACAUCACGCUCCAGUUCCUGCUUGGAUUUACUUUGGACAACCUGGUUGGAAUAUAUCUGGCUCAGAAUUAUGACAUACCAAACCUGGCUAAAAAAGUUGAAGAAAUUAAGGAAGACUUAGAUACCAAGAAGAAGCCCCCUAGUUCAUGAGGCCUUCUCCCACAGGACCUCUAGGAAAUGCUGAUCCUGCUCUCCUCAAGGGCUUCCUUCACCAUCUGAACCAAAGGCCUGUGUCUCCAGUCUCAGCCUUUGCUGGACCCUGCGUGGCCUUCGAGCACACACGGGGCCACGGGUUAACUACCCUUACUCCAACACACUUGCCUCUUCCCUUCCUCCUUCCAGUUGCUUGGGAAGUCCUGAUACUGGAAUUAUGGGGCUAGGUUAGUAAACAUAGCCUUUAAUUAGUGGUCUCUCCUUUAAUUCUUUGGGAUUUCUACUGCCUUUUUUAUUUUAAAAAAUUGAUGACUUUUAUAUAGCUGAUCAGAUAUAAAUAAUGAUGAUUUCACAGUUUGGCAGUUAUAAUAGGUGAUUUAAAUAUUUGAUGUUAAAUUUUGUUAUUUCAAGGUUACUAAAAUUAAAAUCUGGAAGCAAAAUAAAUUAAAUUAAAAAGAGAAAUCUGGCAGAUACAGACAUUGGAAAUACAAAGAAACAGUGGAUCUCCACAGUUCUUCCAAAUCCUAGAAUUCAUGGUAUUUUCCAAAAUAGUAUUUCAUGUUUAAUAUCUUUAUUUGUUCAUAUUGAAAGAAAAUCAAACUUAAGUUACAACACAUGUUUCUGCCAAUAGGAGUAGCUAAAAGCAAAGUCCUGAAAUAAAAAUAAUUAUGAUUUAGAGAAAUAAAAGGUUGCAAUAAAAAUUUAAUAUUCUCAGUAAAAAUAAUUAGUACUUCAAAUAGCUUUUAGUGCUUUCUAUGCAGAAUCCAUACUAGUCUGAGCAUUUUCCAUUUUUUUAAUGUAAAUUUGUUAAUGAUGCAGUAAACCUUGCACAGUUCCUUUCAAAAAGGAGUCUCUAAAGCAAUUUCUUAUCUACAUUCAAAGUAAAUGGAUGUUAGUUAUAGUGGGGUCUAAAGGAAAUGUAACCUAUUAUCAUAAUGAAAGACAAACAGUUUCUUCCCCCUUCUCUCCACCAUGACACAUUUUCCAGUGUAACAUUUACUCCUUAAGUGUGUGAGUUAAAACCUACAUCAAAAUAUUUUCACAGGGCUUAAAAUUGUGGCAAUAAGAAUUGUUCUUGCCAUGAAGUAGAUUCUCAGUAUUAACUUAUAAUUACUCAUGUGCCUAAAUUUGUCAAGCACUUAAUAAAAUCAAGCAACAGAACAAAAUUUGCAAAAAUAUUAAACAUUAAUGCCUGAACCAUUUAUACUCAAUUAUAGAACAGCCAAAAGGUUAGAUCAGUCAAAUAUAUGACUCACAGUUUUUGAAAAGAUAAAUGGAAUAUAUGGAAAUUCAUGUAAAAAUUAAUUCAAGCACAUUGUAUUAUUCCAAAUAUAGAAGAAAUUCAAAUUUUUUAAUUUAUAUUAGCAAAGGCAAAUGUUGGAAUAAAUUGCAAGUUAAAAUAAAAAUUAGAAGCAAAAUUACAGAAGUGCAUGAUGUGUACACGAUAUGACUGCAUUAUUAAUUAGGUCCACAUAAUCUCCUAAUGAAUGAGGAUUACAGAAUGAGAAUUCUAUUCUUAACAUAUUUUAAUGUAAUUUCCACGGUCAAGGGCUAAGAAAUAAGCCCAUUUUUUAAAGUUUGCAGGCUUUAAAGUUCUACAAAGGGAGAAAUGUUUCAGUAGAAUAUAUUUUACACGAAGAAUGGAAUGGUUUUUAAAAUAAGAUCUUCCUGUGUAUAAUUGUUUAAAAUAGCCAGAUCUCAGCAGUUUAUAAAUCCCCCACCACAGCCUCUCUCUACCUCUAUCUGUGUCCAUAGAGUCUUCCUUCCCUCCCUUGCCACCAAGUGGCUGCCUGUGCCCUUUCUAAGGACAUGUCUUCCCCUGUUCUCUAAACAGCAUUUCUUCUUUGUUCAAGGACUUUUGUAUAUA